AUGGAAUUCGAUGGUGAAAACCUUAGGCCUGGAAUCUCUGCUUGCAUGUUAAAGCGUGCCUUCAAGGGAGGAGAUGAGUACAAGUUCUGCUGGUGCUUGCUCACCGGGCGGGAGCUUCAACGAGCAGCCGUGGCUUCGGCUGGAAAGUUUCACAGCGAAGAGCUCCCCAUCCUCUUCCCCAUGUCCUCCCCUGAGAUCGACCCGACUGAAGCUUCCAACCUCGGAGAGCCUUGGCCGCCCUAA